UUCGCGUUGGCCCUGUAAUAACAUGUAUGAGAUGACCAUUACAUUAGGCCCUACCGCAGCAUGCGUUGGCGCUCGCGACAGUGUGACAUGUGUGAACGAGUGUGAUGUUAGUUCUUUGCCUCAAGUUUGCCUGCUUAAAAUGGACGAAGAUGAGGAGGUGUUGCUUGAGACUUCUCCUCUGAGCCAGUACUUAAGGGAAGCCUGCCCAGAUGAGGAUUUUGAGACAGCCCCUGUAGUUGGUAAGAAGACAACGCGGGGCCUUAUGAGCAAGGACUGUAAUGAGGAGGUCAGCUUCAUCCACCAACCAGGACUUAAGGGGUCAGUACACCAAGCUUUUCAAUGGAUGUUUCCACCAGUUUCUACCUGCAUUCUAAAUGUGGACAAGGAGUUCUUGCCACAGUAUUCGUCACUGGCAUUAGACAGCCAGCUCCUCGUGGAUGCAGACCAGCAGAUCGUUCAAGCAUACCGCCUCAAGAAGAGUCAGGAUAGCACACACCUGUCCCCUGCCCACCUGCAGCCUGUGGUACGGAAGCAUGCCCAUGUUGGGUGUACUCUGGCUGUCCUGUGUGCUGCCUUAGCUGUACUUUUUCAGGAUGUCUUGGAUCGUAACUUUUCCUACACAUGCGCCAUCCUCUGCUUUGCCUUGCUGCUGUCCUGUGCCGCCUAUGUAUUUCACUCGGCACGAACCUGCUGGAUUUCCAACAGCCAGAGGAGUUUGCAUAGAAACAGCAUGAAAUGCUUUGAGCAGUGCCUGAAGCUGUUGAAUCAGCAGGGGGUGUUAUUGAAAAAGAGUAUUCGAUAUAUUCAAGAGGUGGAGGUUAUAUCAAGAGGAUUCACCAUGGUGAGCCCUUACACGCCUGUUGUCCGUCUUGAAAGGGCAGUAACCACUCGACCAAACCGUCAGUGCGUGGCUCUCAGGGAAGUCUGCUUCUCUGUUGCAAGAGCUCAGUUCAGCACCCUCCGGGAUGCCACUCUAGAGGUCAUGGAAGAGCUCCCUCUAGUGGCAGAGAUUGACCACGUCAGUAACUACCUGGCUAUGGUUAGGCUGGAGGAGACCACUCCGUGGAUAAAUGUGAUGACUGAUGAUACUGAGAAUGGUUACAACUCCCUUGAAGAGCUCACCGGCUUUUUCUCCUUGGCUGCCCUGAAGACAAUGAACAGUUUGUUCCUGGAGCAGAGGUCAGAGUUCAUUCGCAGGCUGGUCCUGUGCACAUGCUCUGAUGCAAGGCUGGAGCCAAAGACAACAGCAAAUUUUCUGAACUCGUGGUCUGGCAUUGUCCGCAAGGUCAGUGCAUCAUGUGAGACAGCACUUGGAAAACUGCAACGAAGCUAUGAUUGUCAUAGGCAGAGGCCCGACCGCAACAGAUAUCAGACCCCUGGAGAGAGGCCCUCCCAGGGCGAUGACGAGAUGCAGAGGGUUGGCUGUGCUGUGAGAAGCUUACGACUUCACCUGGAGGCAACACUAAACAGGGUGAUAACUGUUGAGGAGGCUCUUGAGGGGGUUGACCGCCAGCUGGCUGGUGGGGAGGAUGAUGUCGGUGCCUUGAUGUGCGAGAUGUUGGAUUCCGUCCGGAGGGAAUUGACUGCAUCCCAAGACUGUCUGCAAGAGGCUGCAUCGUCACUGGAGAAGAUGAGCCAUAAAGACCUCAGUUCUAAACAGCAUAAGCAAGAUGGUCAGGGAGGUAUUGUGCAGUCCAGUGUCAGUGCAGAAGGCAGGGAACCCAUCCUGUUGUUUCCAAUGAGGGACAGUGAAAUAGAAUUUGAUGAUCAGAUUUUUGAAGCAUACACGGACACUGACCCAGGGCAGAGAGAUGAUGAAGGUUGGGGAGAGGAAAUCUCAGAUGCCGAAAAGAUGCGACGGAGGCGGGAGGCGGAGGAAACCAAGCGCAUGCUGCAGGAAUUACGCUCUGUCCUGACGGUCAGGAAGGCCCAACGGGAACGCAUGAAAUCAGAGAGGAUCAAGACGUACAAGAAAACCUCUGGCAGGGUCAGUCCCAGCGACUCUUCCAAGACUGAUGGAGGUACUGAGCAAGAUCAGUGCACAGGUAGGGGAAUGCCUGAGGGUGACAUCGGUACAGUGGAUACCCCGAGUGAAAAUGCAGGAGGGAUCCUGGCCAGUAAUAAGGCGCUCAACGCUUCUGAGGAUUCCAGUGAUUUUAGAAUGCUUCGAUGCAUAAAUGCAGAGAAUCCGGGCCCAAGAGAGAAUGCAGGUGGCAGAACGAGUGGUUCCUCAAGGGAUUUUGGCCCAAAUUCUCCCCUACAUGAUGAUGCAGAUGCUAGGAAGUCCAGUAUUGGUGCUACAGACGAUGUCGGAUCAGUGGGCCUCUCAUCAACGGAUGCUGGAGAAAUGGAAGUGGCAAGGUUCGUCACAGCAGGUCCUCCCUGUUCCACCUCAGAGAGUGAACUUGUUCACAACGGCGAAUUCAAUGAGUCAUACUGGCAAGAGGGAACAAGUGUAGGUGACUCCCACAUGACUAAACUGGCCGGGAAAAGUAGCGUGAUGGCAUAUGACAUGGAUCAAUCUGAGACAAAUCUACCUGGUAACGAACCUCUGCAAGACUCUGCUACAGUGAAGUCCCCUUUCAACCUGACGGAAGGGCAGACACAAUUCGGGAUGUCUUUCCUCCCAUCCCUAGCAGCAGAAGCUGCCAAGAGAUCCAGGCAGUGCCGGCAAGAAGAAGAAACUUUCAUUGGAAGCGACGAUGACAGCGAAGCAUCGGAGGUCGGGGUACAGGAAUGAAACAUCAAAACAUGUAUACAUGUGAUUGCGUUACAUUAUAUGCUUCAUCUGUUGACUUCAUCCUUACAGAAUGGUGUAAACCCGGUUAAGGCAUUCCGCCAUCUUCUCUCAUCCAGAGGAAAAUAUAAUUGUAUCAUCCAUGUAAGCUUGUGCUUCCACCCAGCCAAUUCAUCCCCUGGGGCAACACGGUAGGACCUUUUGCAGAAUGGCUCAUUCAUUUGUCAGGUGAAUCUCAUGAAAGACCUUGUUGGUAGCACCAAUGUCCCAAUCAGCCCUAGCAAAGACAUCGGCCCCUAUGAUAAACCAUCCUGGGGAUUCUCUGUCUUUCUUCAUGACUCACUGGGCUCCAUAUGUUAUGUUGUCAGGCCAGUGUGUGACGUCAUUUACAUGAACCCUAUCAGCUCCGAGCGGAACGAAAGCGGGCGUGCUUUUUUUGGUACUCACCGCAUAGGCGCGUGUUUAUAAUGGAGAUCAAUGCACCUUUGACACAGAGCGCACUGAGUAAACGUAACAAAUUUAUUCCUUAAUGUAUGGUCUUUGCGUACAUGCAGAACGCAUGCAAGAACCCGCUUGGAAAACUUACA